AUGUCCAGAGCAUCCAUGAAUUCUUCCCGUCUCGUUAGCUUCCUGAGCUGUCGAGCAGAGCACCCGAUCGUUUCGACGGUUGAAGGUCGACUCCAACGAAAACAGCUUCUCAUCGGAGAAGACAAUGUCUCGGUGGCGCGCCAACGCAAACCGUUGGAGGAGCAUCUUGGACUUCUGGGUCCGGUUUCUCUUCAUGGAUGCAGUGAGAAGGUGCACCUUUCGGCAUCGAUGAGGUGUCAAUCUCAGCUUUUCUUUGACCAUACGGCGAGCGGAACUAUGACUUAUUUCCAGCUUUUUAGCAAUCUUCCUUAUCGACCUCUUCUGGUUGCGCCGCACCAUAUCCCGUACAACUCUAACAUUUCUCGUGAAAGUUGCAGUUGUUUUUCUCCCACUUCCUGGGCAUUUUCUGUGGUACCGAGCUCAUGA